UAUGAGUUCAGAAAAAAAGUCCUUUUUUGAUUUUACUUCUCCCUUUGAGUUGGAGAGACAAAUAGAGAUUUUUCAUAAAUCUCACAAAGAGUAGUUCUUUGUUCCAAAAAAUGAUAAAUUUAAGAUGAAGACACUAGUGCUUUAGAGGAAUUAUCUUAUUAAAUACAACCAAAAAGUAUCAUAUAUUACUAAAUUAAGCGUACAUCUUAAAAGUAUUUUAACAUUACUAAUGCAUUACUUGAAAUUGUAAGUCAUCCAAAAAUGGGUUGUGGAAUCUCCUUAACUAAAAAUAAUGGAAAUUUUACAUUUUAUGGUCUUGUUGAAUAAUGGUAUACUUAUAUGAAAAAAUGGUGUAUCUAAACCAAUUUUUCAGGAUAGUAUAACAUAAUAACAUUGAUUGGAAAAGGUAGCUUUGCUAAGGUACUUAAAACUAUGAAUUUUUAGGUUUUUAAAAUUCAAAGGAUUGUUGAUAGAAAAGAAUUUGCAGUUAAAGUAUUUGAGAAAUCAAUAUUGAAAAGUUAAGAUAGGCCAGCACUUUUAAAAGAAAUAGAACUUCUUAGAUUGAUGAAUCAUAAAAAUGUUGUUACCAUUUUAGAAACUUACGAAAACGAUCUAUAUGUCUAUUUAGUUCAAGAACUUUAUUAAGGCGGAGAAUUGCAUAAAGAACUUAAAAGAAGCAGAACUUUCUCUGAAAGAGGAGCCUUUAUAAUAGUUCAAUAAGUAGUGGAAGCUCUAAAUUAUGUCCAUUCUUAUGGAAUAAUUCAUAGAGAUAUAAAACCUGAAAAUAUUAUCUUAAAAGAAGAUGGAAUAAUUGAUUAGAUUGUUUUAGCUGAUUUUGGAUUAGCAGAUUAUUAUAGAAAAGAUUGCAAAUAUAUGUUUACUAGAUGUGGAACACCAGGUUACGUUGCACCGGAAUUAUUAUAAGAUAAAAUUUAUGAUCAUAAAGUUGAUGUAUAUAGUUGUGGUGUUCUACUUUAUUAUCUCCUAGUGGGAAAAGGACCUUUUGAUUCAAAUAAUUAUGAUUAGACAGUAAAAGCAAAUUAUAAUGGAUAAGUUGAUUUUUCAAGAUUUAAUUUUACAAAUGAAUGCCUUGAUCUUUUAAAAGGUAUGUUAGAUCCAAAUCCUCAAAAUAGAUUGACUCUUGAUUAGGUUAAGCAUAGCUAAUUCUUUAAGAGAAAUACAUUUACAUAUAAUUAAGUGAGUAGUUAAACAAGUUUAGGUAGUGUCAAUAAUCAAAAUGAUUAAUAAAGCUACUCUCCUUAACAAUCUCCUUAUCAAGAAUAAAAAUAUAUACCAGAAUAAAAAAGUAGAUUUGUUUAAUAUGGUUCUCCUUUAUAAUCACCUUUGAGACUCAAUUCACCAAAUUUAUCUCCAUUGAUUGGUCCUAAAUAAAAAAGUCCUAAUUUAUAGAGAGUACCUAUAUAGAUAUGA